AUGUCCCAGUUUGUCUGUAACCUCAUGGAGAAGGCCUUGGUGCUGAUGAAUGCUGCUGGGACUUACUUAAAGCCUUGAUUGGCUACAUUUUGGCACUAAGCCAAGGUUGAGCUGGUUCCUCCAUCCCCUGCUGAGAUCUCUACAGCUAUUUGCAGCUUGAAAAAAAGAGUCAAGAGUAGCUUCAAAUGGCUCAUGGUUAAGGAAGCUCAGCCGAAUGGUUUGGUUGCCACUGAGGUGUGGAUGUGGUUUUAUGUUGGUAAGAUCAUAAAUAAGCAAGCGUGGAAUCAUUGGCUAAAAUGUUUGAAGACAAAUCUUUAA